AUGAGCAGAGUAAAUCUCAUUGAAAAGAAUUCUGAUUCUGAGUUAGUUCGAUAAGGAGAGGAUGGAGACUUCAAAGAUUUAUUUAAACUUGACAAUAUCCGAGAAGGGGUUUCUUUAGGACUUGUUUAAUAAUUAGGUGGAGAACAAGGAUUGGCAAAAAUAUUUUAAGUUGAUUUGAAGGUAUUAUUAAUUUUGAAUAGCAUAGAAAGGUGUACAAGAUGAAGAAUAAGCAAUUACACUGAGAAAUAGAUACGGAGCCAAUUUACCAAUAGUAAAAGAGUUAACACCUUUAUGGAAAUUAAUUGUAGAGUGUUUGGGGGAUACAAUGUUGUAAAUCUUAAUUGUUGCAGCUAUUGUAUCUACAAUAUUGGGGAUUAUAGAAGGUGAAGGUGGAUGGUAUGAAGGGUAAAUUUAUAAUUAGAUAAGUUAGCUUAACAAUAUUUUUGGCAAUCUUUUUGAUCAUCGGAAUUACAGCAGGUAACAAUUAUGCCAAAGAGAGACAAUUUGCUAAAUUAUAAUCGAAGCUUGAUGAGGGACAUGUUUAAGUAAAGAGAGGAGGAAGCAUAAUAACAAUAAACAAUAAGGAUAUUGUUGUUGGUGACGUCUUGUUAUUUUAAUUAGGAGAUAUUUUCAAUGUGGAUGGUAAGUAUUAGAUUUGAUUUUAGGAUUAUAUUUAAGUGGUAGUGAAGUAAAGAUAGAUGAAUCAGCAAUGACAGGGGAGUCAGAUGAAAUGUCAAAGGCAUCGGUUGAAGUAUGUUUGAAGGAUUAGAAAGGCAAAUCUCCAUUUUUAAUGUCAGGAACAAAGGUUAAUGAAGGAACAGGAGUAAUGUUGGUUUUGCAAGGUAAUGAGAUAAAAAAUUAAAUUAUUUUUAGUGGGUGAUAAAACAGUGCAGAAUGAAAUGAAGAGAUUAGGUGAAAGUGAUAAUACACCUACUCCUUUAUAAGUGAAAUUAGAAGCAGUAGCAGAAACAAUAGGUAAAGUGGGUGUUGUUGUGGCAAUAUUAACAUUCAUUAUUCUAUUAGUUCGACUAUUCAUUGAAUAUGGAACAAAUGAUGAUCUAACUUUUUGGGAAUAAUUUUGGCAUAUUGAUUGUUUAUAGAAAAUACUUAAAUUUUUCAUGAUUGGUGUUACUAUUAUUGUUGUAGCUGUACCAGAAGGAUUACCUUUAGCUGUUACUAUUACAUUGGCCUUCUCUGUGAAUAAAAUGAAAGAUGAAUAAAAUUUAGUUAAAACUUUAGCAUCAUGUGAAAUAAUGGGAGGAGUCAAUAAUAUUUGUAGUGAUAAAACUGGUACUCUAACAUUGAAUACAAUGCAAGUCAAUUCAUUUUUUUGUUAAAGUGUCAAUUAUAAAGAUUAUUAAUUACCAUAAAUCAAAAAUUUAGAAAAAGAUUAUUUAGAUUUAUUGGCAGCCAGCAAUCUCUAUAAUUCAAGUGCAUAUCCAAAAAAAGGCAUUAAUGGAAAAUUUGAAUAAAUAGGAAAUAAAACUGAAUGUGCUUUGAUAGAAUUUUGUGAUAUGUUAGGUUAUUAAUUAUCAAGUUAUAGACCAUCUGAUAAUAUUUUGAGAGUAAUUCCUUUAAAUUCAAAAAGAAAAAUGAUGAUUUCUAUUGUUAAUCAUAAUAAUAAGAUAUAUUUGUUUAGUAAGGGUGCUCCUGAAAUGGUAUUAAAAAAAUGUACUAAAUUUAUCAACUCAAAUGGAGAAGAAGUCUAAUUGACAGCUUAGGAUUCAAAAAAUAUGCUAUCAAUAAUUGAAGAUUAUGCUAGUUAAGCACUUAGAACAUUAGGAAAUGCAUACAAAAUAUUAAAUUAUCAUCUUGAAUAUGAUUUUGAUUCUAUUCCAGAAGAAUAUCUUUUGAAUGAUUUAACUUUAAUAAAUAUAGCUGGUAUUAAAGAUCCUGUUAGACCAGAUGUUCCAAGUGCUAUUUAAUAAUGUUAUAGAUCAGGAAUCAUAGUUAGAAUGGUAACAGGUGAUAACAUUAAUACAGCUAAAGCUAUUGCAAGAGAUUGCAAGAUUUUAGGACCAGAAAGUGAAUUACAUGAAUAUGAAGCAAUGGAAGGAUCUUAAUUUAGAUAAUUAACAGGAGGUUUAAAUAAAGUGAUUAAGGAUGGAGUUGAAGUAUAAGAAGUUAAGAAUCUUUUAAAAUUUUAAGAAAUUGCAGUACAUUUAAAAGUAUUAGCAAGAGCAACACCUGAAGAUAAAUUUAUAUUAGCAACAGGAUUAAAAUAAUUAGAUAAUGUAAUUGCAGUGACUGGAGAUGGAACUAAUGAUGCACCUGCAUUAAGAAAAGCUGAUGUUGGAUUUGCUAUGGGUAUAACAGGUACUGAUGUAUGUAAAGAUGCUGCAGAUAUUAUUUUAUUAGAUGAUAACUUUAGUUCUAUAAUUACAGCAUGUAAAUGGGGAAGAAAUAUUUAUAAUUGUAUUCGUAAAUUUAUCUAAUUUUAAUUAACUGUUAAUGUUGUUGCAUUAUUUAUGAGUGUAUUAGGAGCAGCUGUUACAAAGGAAGCACCUUUAACAAGUAUUUAAAUGCUUUGGGUAAAUUUAAUUAUGGAUACUUUUGCAUCUUUAGCUUUAGCUACUGAACCUCCUAGUGAUAGACUUUUAAAUAGAAAACCUUAUGGUAAAAGAGAAAGCAUAGUAAAUUCUAUUAUGUAUAGAACAGUUAUUGGAGCUAGUAUAUAUUAAAUUCUUAUUUUGUGUUUAAUCUUAUUUAUUCCAAACUCAGUUUUUGAUUUUGAUGAAUCUUUGGAUGAGGAAUAUGAAGGUAGACCAAUAUAAAGAUUAACAAUGUUCUUUUAAACAUUUGUAUUGAUGUAAAUUUGCAAUUCCAUCAGUUGCAGAAAAUUAGAUGAAGUAUCUCUAAAUCCUUUUAGUGGAUUAUUUAAUAAUUCAUUAUUUUGGUUAAUAAAUUUAAUUGAAGUAGGAGUCUAAUAUUUAUUGAUUCUUUUUGGAGAUAAAUUUGCAGUUGUUUGUGAUUUGACUGCAUGGUAACAUAUAUUUUGUUGGAUAUUUGCUUUGGGUGGCAUGAUAGUAGCAAUAUUUGUAAGAACUCUUCCUUCAAAAUGGUUUAAUGGCAUAAAUAUCUUUGCUGAAGAAGAGAUUGAAGAAGAGAAAUUAGAUGAAACAAUUGCUAGUAAAUUACGUCGUAAAAGUAGUGUCAGAAUUGGUUCAGUAUUAGAUGAUAAUCAUGAAAAUAAAAGAUCAAUUUAAAAAAGAUUAUCAGUCUAUAAGGAAUGA